CCUCAGCUCAGUUUAUUCAUUACCAAAUCAAAGCCAAAACUAGUGGUUGUUGAACUUAAAACACUGUUCUGUUCUCCCCCUUUCCUCUUGGUGUCCGGUUUCAGUUCCAUCUAUUUGUCCAUGGAUCUUACACCUCAGCAACUUAUCCAAUUCAACGGCUCCGACCCAUCCAAGCCCAUCUACGUUGCAAUCAAUGGUCGCAUCUACGAUGUCACCGCCGGCAAAUCCUUCUACGGUCCUGGUGGUGCCUACGCCAUGUUCGCCGGCAAAGAUGCCAGCAGAGCUCUUGCAAAGAUGAGCAAGAACGAAGAAGAUGUCUGUCCCAACCUUGACGGCCUCUCUGAAAAGGAGAUGGAUGUCCUUAACGAUUGGGUCAAGAAAUUUGAAGCUAAGUACCCUGUUGUCGGCCGCGUUGUCUCUUGAAAAUUUGCACCUUUCCUCUAUGUUGGGUGUAGUUUGUUUCGUUUUUAAGUGUCUUUAGACUCUGGUUAUUACUUUUCUAUCAAUUGUGUUUGGUGUUUUGCCUAGCUCAGAGCAAUUUCUAGGUUAAAUAAAUGGGUGAAAAUUAAUAAAUUGAGAUACUUAUGUGCUUGUGUUGUGUUGGUAUCACGUUGUUGUUUAUGUUAGAGAAGUUCCAUCAUCAAUGAAGAAAUUCAUUUUAAUUGUGUGA